CCCCUCUCUCUACCCGCGCAAGGAACUCUGGGAAAGCGAGUCCAGACUCUCUGAAUAAUUCAAGCUCCCAUUCCUCCUCUUCUUCUUCCCACCGCUAACAAGAUGCCGGCUGUACAUCACAAACUGCUCCUGGAGGAGGCUUUGCAGGACAGUCCUCAGACUCGCUCUUUGCUCAGCGUGUUUGAGGAGGAUGCUGGGAUGCUCACGACCUACACCAACCAGCUGCUGCAGUCGUUGCAGCGGGUGUUUGGAGCCCAGAGCGAGAUGGGAUUGGCCACAGAGCAGCUCUCAAAGCAGCUCUUGGAGUAUGAGAAGAAAAAUUUUGCCCUUGGAAAAGGUGACGAAGAGGUAAUCACCACGCUGCAGAACUUCGCCAAAACCGUAGGGGAGCUGAACUCGCUCCACUCUGAGCUAGCCAACCAGAUGGCCGACAGCAUGGUUUUCCCAUUGAUCCAGUUCAGGGAGAAAGACCUUACAGAGAUAAGCACACUGAAGGAAAUAUUUGGCAUCGCCACUGACGAGCAUGAGGCAGCUAUGGUCAAAUAUAGCCGAUUGCCCAAGAAGAAGGAGAACGAGAAGCUAAAGUCAGACUUGGUGAAGGAGGUGGCCUACACCAGAAGGAAGCAGCACCAGGCGUCACUGCAGUAUUAUUGUGCCCUCAACGCCCUGCAGUAUCGCAAGAGAGUAGCUAUGCUCGAACCUAUGCUGGGCUACACGCAGGCGCAGAUCAGCUUCUUCAAGAAAGGCGUUGAGCUGGUAUCAAAGAAGAUGGACAACUUUCUCUCCUCCGUGUCCAACAUGACGCAAAAUAUCCAGGCCCAGCUGGAUGCGGAGGCGGAGACCAUGCGUGGGUCCCAGAGGGAGCUUCUGUCUGUGGAGGACACUGUCUACAUGCCAGAUAAAGACAUUGAGCCUGUCAAUCGCACGCUUAUCCAGAAGGCUGGCUACCUCAACAUUAGGAAUAAAACAGGCCUGGUGACCACAGCCUGGGACCGGCUGUACUUCUUCACCCAGGGAGGGAAUCUCAUGUGUCAGCCGCGCGGGGCGGUGGCAGGGGGAAUGGUGCUGGACUUGGACAACAGCUCCGUCAUGGCUGUGGAGUGCGAGGACAGACGCUACUGUUUUCAGAUAACCUCCCCCUCAGGCAAAACGUCAAUGAUUCUACAAGCUGAGAGCAAAAGGGAAUACGAAGAAUGGAUUUGCACUGUGAACAACAUUUCCAGACAGAUCUACCUGACUGACAACCCAGAGGCUGUGGCUAUCCGUCUGAACCAAACGGCCAUUCAAGCAGUCACCCCCAUCACCAGCUUUGAGAAGAGACCAGAAGGCUCGCCCAACCCUGACAGAGCGAAACCAGGAGGUGUGCAUGUUGCCGGCAGCGGAUCCCAGAAGACAGGCACUGCUCCGGAAGCAGAGGACCUGAUAGCCCCAGGGACACCCAUCCAGUUUGACAUCAUGCUGCCGGCCUCUGAGUUUCAGGACCAGAACAGAGCUGGAGGAAGACGCACAAAUCCAUUUGGAGAGACCGACGAUGACUGUUCAACAGAAAGUGACGACUCCCUCCUGCAGCAAGUGUUCGCCGUGCGCUUCCUGGGGUCGAUGGCGGUGCGCUGUGGCGACAAUCAGGAGGUCAUCUAUGAGGCCAUGAGGCAGGUGCUGGCUGCCCGAGCCAUACACAACAUCUUCAGGACCACAGAGUCCCACCUCAUGGUCACCAGCAGUAGCCUCAGGUUGAUUGACCCUCAGACUCAAGUUACAAGAACAAGCUUCCAGCUCGGAGAAGUUUGCCAGUUUGCAGCCCACCAAGAGAACGGGAGGUUGAUGGGAUUCGUGGUCGAGGGCAGAGACUGGAGCGACGGCGACGAGGAGGGGGAGCCUUCGUUUAGCGCCUUUGUCUUUGAGAGCAACACGGAGGGCGAAAAGAUAUGUUACACCAUAAGCUUGGCGAAGGACAUCACGGAAGCUAAGAAGGACCCGGAGGCCCUGGCCCAGCUCAUGAAGAACAUGCCUCUAACCAACGAUGGUAAAUUCCUGCUGCUGGAGCCUGAGACGGGCGACACGACCAACCCAGAUGGACAAGAGGACUCGGAGUCUGAGGCCUAGGACUAGUACUCAAACUCGUACUAGUACUAAAAAGCCAAGACCAGGGAACAUGGUCCAAUGUUUUGCCCAGAAAAGAAGGGCCUUUCCAUGGAUGAAGAUGUCAUCCCACCGAGCUCUAACUCUGGUACUGUAACACCCAUAAUAGAGACUGCACUUCCAUUUAACCAUUGUUACCCUGUGUUACUAGAUUUUACUGGACUGUUUCUUUGCUGUAACGAAAGCAGACGACAUAAGCACAUCUCAUUAGAUCUGCUUUUCUACAGUCAGACUGCAGCAUGGGUCUUUGGGAUCUGGAAUUGUUUUCAUACCACUGUUGGUGGUGGUACUUGCAUACAAAAGGGACACUAUAUAUAUAUAGGUAUUGAUUGUGUUUCAUUGUCUUCUAAUAUCCCCGGCCCAUCUUACAGAAGGGAAGGUGGUGAAUCCUCUGCUUCAGUUUAGGUUUACAUACAUUUUUCGUUUUAAAGAGUUUCGAGUUGGUGUGAGGAGUUUAUUUCUUUACGUUGUUUUACAUGUUAACUUGUACGUAAGGCUCUUAUGCAACUACUUUGGCAUUUAUUUGUGUAUAAAAAAAAGAGUUCCUUUAUCUGUUUUAAUAAUGAUCUACAGAAUGCACUAAUCGAGUUAUUUGAAGGAUACCAGACUUUUAAGACGACGGAGGUUACAUCAGGUCAUCCGGUCUAUCUUAUGCAUUCCAUCUGAACUGAAUUAAUGUCACAUUUUACAUUAUUCCCGCGCUACGAAGCAAGUCUUAAGAUGAACUGUACUGUAUGCGAGGCCGUCCUUGACGAGUUCAAAUAUUCUUAGGUAAAAUUUAAAAGAAGAAAGUGCGCUCUGCUUCCAUUUCUUGAAAGCCUGUGUAAAUAUGAACCGUCCAAGUGUCUAUAUGAUGUUUAAUCAGAGUCGGCUGCAUUAAAAGCUUUCUGAUUUAAUACGCUUGGACUGAUGCAGUGCAUGAUUAAGUAAUGUUGUUCUUUCUCAGUCCCUUUGCAGAAGAUUAACACCUUCACUUGAAGCACUAAGCCGUAAUACUAAAAAAAACAAAGUUUAGUGAGAUAUUACAGUAACGCAUGUAGGCAAGACCACAGCGAGGCAUUAUGUAGUCACUGAAAGGCAAUUCGCUCUCUGCACAUGCAUAUGAAUACUAAUCAGAACAGGAAAAACUGAGGGUGAAGCGAUUGAUCCGUGAAAUUCUGCCUUUCUCCUCUGAAUACCAGUGCAGUUUUGUUCCAUCUCAGCCCCUGUACCCGGCUGUAACACUAAUCUUAUCGGACAGUGGAAGCCCGUGGUGCAUUAUGUGAAUGUGACAUGUUUUGUACUUUGUAAUACAGAUGAGGGUCAAAACCACUGACAUGACGUGGAUCGUGAAAAUGACAUUGUGUUGAUCAGUGCGUGCUUUUUCUGUUUUUACUCUACGUCAGAGCAGCAGCGUGGCUUAAACAAGGAAUCAGUGUGGAUGUUUCAUGUAGGACUGCCUGCUCUCUUACUUUUGAUUAUGUUUGAUCGCUCGUGGCACUUCUUAUUGUAAUUUUAAAAAGUGGAGAAAUGCGCUGUCUGGCUGAGAACGUACCACUCUCUCAUCUGUCUAAAUAUGAAGUUGCAUCCAGAAGCCGGUGAGCAUAGCACAUAGGAGUAGAAACAGCUAGUCUGGCACUGUUUAACUGUCUAACUGCUCCUCUAGAUAUCACUAAUUAACACUUUAUAUAUUCAAUUUUCACAGAUGGUUAUGUGCCGGGCUAUUUCUUGGCCGCAACUAGGAACUUCCUGGAGUCUCUGGUCUGUCACAGCCAAGAAAUAGUCUGGCACAUAAGCCCCCCCAUCCCCUCCUGUAAAACGUGGUUUUUACUCUCAUGAACAAACAAGGUAGAACUUGUGUGUAAAUUUAAUUAGUGAGCUUUACAGGCGCUCGUCCUCUGUUCCAGCCUCAUAUUUAACCAAAUAUAACAGAGUGGUAUGUCUUCUCACACAGCUCACAUAACUCUCCUCCACAAUCCUAAAUGUUGAACUUCCAAGUCGUCAUGAUUAAUCUUUAUGUUGCCUGAUGUAAAUGCGAGUCAGCGCGGUCUUCUCAUGCUAUAAAAGAAAAAUCCUGUCUGUCCGAUAGACUUGUAACGUCUUUCCACAGGUGCUGGUUGAGACACACCUUUUAAUAAAAACUACAACAAUGCAUACAAACAUGCUUAAUGCAUUCAUGAACCAGAAGUCUGAGAUUUUGUUGAUUGAUGGCUCAGUUGGAGAGAGAGAGGAGUUUCUUCAACUUUUACCGUCCAGUCACCAAACCAAAUCCUCUUACCGUCCGCGGCAUGCUGGAUGCCCCCCCUAAUGCUUAUUACAGCUGUGCUGCAUAGUCUUGAUAUAUAUGUGUGCUUUAUGAGUAAUGCACCGUCAGGAAAAAAAA